AUGGCAUCGUACGACUUCACAUUUUGUAAAGAUGUCAUGCUGCUUGCGUUGGCAAGUGAUGAUGCUAUCAGUGAAAUCACAUACUUCUCUUCAUCUAAUGAUGAAUCAAAAUCGAGAUGCGAAGAUGAAUGUGAAGAGUGCGUUGGCGAUAUUUUCGGAAACCUUCCCAAGGAUCAGCAACCUGCGUGCAAUCUUCGAUGUGGCGUACGACCUCGUCUCUGGGCUAGCAUUGGUUUGUUCUGUGUGUUCGCCGCCGCUUGUGCUACAUUGCUGUUCACGAUUCCGAUGUGUAUUGCCACUUGUGCAUCGUGCCUUCAUGCCAAGAAGGCUAACAAGAACGCGAAGCGAGUGAUGUUAGAGCAACAAGCACAACCAAGCAAGGAUCAGCAAGUCGCCACAAUGGGCUACAAUCCCUACGCGUACUGGCCGUACUAUGGCCGAGCUUAG